CAGGCACGCUGGAACAUACCCAAUGGCUCCAGAGAGGUACAGCCCGCGGUGGCAGUAAGGGUAAGCAAGUGGGGAUUCGGAGAAGUACUCUGAUAUGAGCUACAUCAUGGAUCCAUUGUUCAGAGACUGUAGCAAAGGCUCAUUGAAGGGUAGCAGUGCUCCCUUCUCCCCAGACACAGAUCCUGUGCAGCCCAGUGUGGACCUGGAACUCGCUCGUAAGAAGGAGCUGGAGGUCAUAGAGGAGAAGAUAGCUCGCAAGAAAGCUGUUCUUGCUACACGAGAGCUUGAACACGGAGCUAAGGACAUGCCUAAAAAACAGACUGCAUCCACAACAGUGAAGGGCAUAUCUAAACAGACCAAAUAUGGACAAUACAAUAUUCAAAACAUACAACAAUGUCGCCGACAGGUCGUCACGCGUAUGCCUACCUCUUAAACGGAGGGUGCUGGACAUUCUAAGUAAGUUCAGAAGAACACCGGUACGGUACCUACUGCCUAAGGAUACCCCUGCCGAGCUGAAGAAUCAAAACAAGAUGCAAGCAUUGGAUCUGAUGAUUAGAGCUCCCCUAGAAAAUGAAGAGGCCCGUCCUCUGAGACUGAGGGUUUUAAUGAACCAGCGACGCUAUCCCGACAAUGAGGUGGUCCCUGAUGAUGAACCGCAUAAUCCAACCAUUCAGAGGCUACUUAAUUCACUCAGGACACAGGAGCAAGAUAAAGCAGCCACGGGCUUCCAGCGCUUCCUCAAUGUCCUCAAUGAAGGGGUGGACCUCAACAAGCUCUCAAAGAUCGUCAACGACGAAAAUGGGUUACUCAUUGUGGGCGAGGAGCUACCACAAGUUUGGCCGACUCUGCCCGAGGGUCAUGUUGACUCCAGCAGUAGAUCCAAGUCUUCUCUAGUUGAGGAGAAGACGAAGGUGAGGCUUGAGGAUGAGCAGCGGCACGAGCAGAUGCAGACCCUGCUGGAGAUCGUUGGGCUGGACUUGGGGGUUGAGGAGUUGGGUCAGCUGACAGACAGGACCAAUGACAGGCUGUAUGGGAAGAUGGGAGACUUGAAAAGGAAGGAGUUCGAGAAUGAGAAGGGGAAAAGAGAAAAGGGAAAGCGAGCCCUCAUUUAAACAUCUUAGUACUUCCUCAUUACCAUCAGACAGCGCCAGCCCCCUUCUAAACCAGCACUCAAACAUGACCGUUGAAUACAGCAGCUCUAGUGACAGGGUAUGGGACAUAGAGAGAGACGGGGACAGAUCUGAGAGGGACUGCCACUGACACUCUGGUGCCAGAGAUCUGAAAGA